GAGUUGCCAGACAAGAGAGUGAUAUACUUCAAUAUAAAUACAAACUCUUCAUCGAUAGAUAGCCCCUUCAGCAUUUGAAAAUGGCUAAUAACCCUGGAAAGGACACAACUCUGUCUGGGCAAGUAGGGUCAUGGAGAUGGUUAAAGAGCUUUCAAUUUAACAGAGAGCGAGACUCACCCGGUGAUGCCCGCAACGUUCUUCUAGUGGUGGCCGCCCUCAUCACCGCUGUCACCUUCCAAGCCGGAGUCAAUCCUCCCGGUGGCGUUUGGCAAGACACUAAUGACAAUCACACCGCCGGACAAGCCAUCUACGCCUCUCAGGGCUCGGCUUUCUACGUUUUCCUCAUAGCAAACACUUUGGCUCUCUCCUCAGCCAUCAUGGUCAUCAUAUCCCUUACUUACAGAUUCCCUCUUCAUUUCGAGGUGUGGUUCUCGACAAUCGCCAUGAUCGUCACGUACGCGUCGUCUAUUGUUGCAGUGACACCAGAGUAUGUGUAUUUUCGUUUUAUUUUAAUAGCAGCUGCUGGGCCUCUACUGGCACGGCUUUUAUGGGAGCUCAUCACCACGUGGAGAAUGAGUAAAAACAAUCUCAAUCUCGAUUGUUAAUAAGUCGUUUCCCAAGUAGUGUUUGAAGUCUUGUUUACAGAGACUCAAGUUUAUAUAAAGGGUUCUUAGUUUCUAAGAGUAUUUUAGCAUAUGUAAUAUGGGUAUUUUAACAUAUGUAUAUGUAUGAACGAAGGAAGUACGUAUCUACUUUAUAUUGGUUUCCAAUACUACAAGGACUAAUUAGGUAUA